CCUAAACCCUUGCCUUUCAUUCUUAAACCCUUCACUCCAACACCCAAAAAUCAAAAACUAACACUACACAAAUGACACUUUUCCAUCUCCUUUGGACCAAAUCCACCACCAUUUCUUCCAUUUCCAAAACCUCAAUUUCCCCAAAUUUCCUCACUUCCCAGUUCAGACAACUUUCCACUUCUUUCCUUGUCACCAAAACCCCUAAAAAAUUCCGCAAGAAACGAAAGAAAAAAGAAUCCCCACGUACUAAGUUAGUUCAAACUCAACCAAACAUCAACCCCCACUUCGAAAACAUCCUUUUACGUGACACCCAUUUCAGAUUUUUAACUAAAACUAAAGAAUUCCUAUCCAAACAACCCCUUAAUGUUCUUCGUCUUGAUGAUGCUGGAAAACUUCACCAACAACUUGGGUUUCCACGUGGCAGAAAAGUUGUUCGAUCCCUUCAACAACACCCGAAAAUAUUCGAGAUUUAUAGGCAUACUGAUGGUAAGAUGUGGAUUGGUUUCACUGAUUUUAUGGAACAAUUGUUAGAAGAAGAAUCUUGUAUAAUGAAUGAAAUGGAAAUUGAUAGAGUUAAUGUAGUUAGGAAAUUGUUGAUGAUGUCGAAAGAUAAAAGGAUUGCUUUGAGUAAAAUUUAUCAUAAUAGACUUUUAUUUGGUAUACCUGAAGAUUUUAGGGAUAGGAUAAGGAAGUACGAGGAUUAUUUUAAGGUUGUUGUUGAGGGAGAUGGGAAAAGGGUAGUUGAGCUUGUGAAUUGGGAUCCUAGAUUGGCGGUUAGCGCGUUGGAAAAGGAGUAUAUGGUUGAUGAGGAUAAGGUUAAGAAGGCGUUUAAGUUUCCGAUAAAACAUGGGAAGGCAUUGGAUUUGGAUGAACGCGAUGAAAGGAAGUUGAAUUUGUUGUAUACGUUGCCAUUAGUUUCGCCUUAUUCUGAUGGGAGCAAGUUGGAUUUGUGGACUGUUGAGGCGGAGAAGUUUAGGGUUGGAUUGAUUCAUGAGUUCUUGAGCUUGACGUUGGAGAAGAGAGCUUAUAUACAUAACAUUGUGGAGUUUAAGGAGGAGUUUUGUCUUACGAAGCAUACUUAUCAGAUGUUGUUGAAACAGCCUCGGACGUUUUACUUGGCUGGUACGGAAAUGAAUUGGUCGGUUUUUCUAAAGGAUGCUUACGGGGAAGACGGGGUUUUGCUAAAUAAGGAUCCACAGGUGCUCUUCAAUGAGAAACUUUAUAGAUAUGCAGACAUGAAAGGUAUUGACGCUGACAAUGAUGUCUAUGAGACAUGA